AUGGCUCUCACAUGCAAAGAUAUGUUCCUUCGCAACGAUUACCUCAACAAUAUCUGGAAGCGCCACUUCUCGUGCAAAAAGGCACUUGAUCAAGAUGACUACCUGAAGGUUGUUCGUCCGGACCUGAUCAGCUUAGAGCGCUUGGAACUUCUCGAAGUUUUGCUAAAGGAGCGCCCUGGCUUGGCCGUUUGUGACUACUGUCAGAAGAUGCGCCCUCGCCGCAAAUUGGGAAAGAUUUGUCCUGGUCGCCCUGGCAUCUUCGACCCGUGGUAUCGACUUUGUGGCUGUCAGCCAUUCGACCCGGACGCUAUGUAUCUGAACUACAGUGUUUGGAGAAUAUAUCUGUCAUUUGAGCAUUUCAGACAGAUCAUGUACCGACGUCGUCUCGGAGAAGCUCAUGGCUCCGCACCAGAAGUCAUUCCAGCCAAUUCCGACUGGCGACUUCAGACUUGCGCUCGCGAUUAUCGGACGGCCUGGAUGGAGAAAAUCGAGAUGAAACCUCAGUUUGUGGGUCGCAAUCUUGUGCUACAUGUCACCCAGCGCAUUCUUCUCAGCCGAAAAUACCUGGCGUCUCUCAACUCUCGAGGACUAGACAGAUCACACCUGAUUGACCUGUUGACCACAAAAAGGAUUAAAACCUGCCACUGCCGAGACCCGGCCAACGUGGCGGAGCUCAAAGCACGCACUGCAUCACUCUUGGACAUGGAUAAUGACAGCACUUUCGAAGUCGUCCGCGAAGGACCCAAUGUUGAGAAAUGUGCAAACUGUCUUACGGAGUUUAUACUCGACUUGCACCGACACCCACAUCAAGGAGUCCUCGAACUCACCCUGGAUUCAUGGACGGAUCUAGGACAGUGCAAGCAUACAUUCAGCCCGGAAUGGCUGACUGCCCAGUCAUGCACUAGUGAUGCAUACACCUAUCGCCAGGUCUGUCAUGCAAUCGUCACCACUGUCCGAUUUUUUCCCUACCCCAGCCAGCAGAUGCAAUUGACAAAAAGCGGAAGCGCCAUCGACCACCCGUCUCUCGCCGACUUCAACAAUACGGGUUAUAGCAGCAGACUUGCCCCCGAACCGGUCAUCCAUCCUGCCAUGACCGCAUUCAGAGAUUUCAUGCAAGCUGUAGGCGUCAAGCUUAAGGAUCAACUCAUCAGCGUUGCUAGAGCUAUGGGUCCGGCGAUAUCCGCUGGUGUUCUCUUGAUUCUCUUCCUGACCAUCCUUGCUGUUACGGGAUACAUUUUCUACAGAUCUUGUUGCUGGAUCGGGAUCAUAGAAACCGCUGUGUUGGCAAUGUGUUUGAUUACAGGCGUGUACUUCCGCCUGAAGAGGUACUGGAUUUGA